UCAUCCCGAAAUUCCCACCAUCACCAUUUCUACCUUCUCAAUUUCAUCCAAAAACCCAUCAACCCCUUCUCUUCUUCUCCCGAAUCUCAAUGGCCCGUACCAAGCAAACCGCCCGAAAAUCCACCGGUGGAAAGGCUCCACGUAAGCAGCUGGCCACCAAGGCCGCCCGGAAGUCUGCUCCGGCGACCGGAGGAGUGAAGAAGCCCCAUCGUUUCAGGCCCGGAACUGUCGCCCUCAGGGAGAUCAGGAAGUACCAGAAGAGCACUGAGCUUCUGAUCCGCAAGCUUCCAUUCCAGAGGCUUGUGAGGGAGAUUGCUCAGGAUUUCAAGACUGACCUUCGGUUCCAGAGCAGCGCCGUGGCUGCGCUUCAAGAGGCGGCGGAGGCUUACUUGGUGGGUCUGUUUGAGGACACCAAUCUGUGUGCCAUUCAUGCCAAGAGAGUGACCAUUAUGCCCAAGGAUAUUCAGCUUGCCAGGAGGAUUAGGGGCGAGAGGGCUUGAGAGAGAUCUAAUGGCAAUUUGGGAAAUGUUUAAUCUUUAGAUGUAGAUUUUGUGUUUCAAUUCUCUGGUUUUGGAGUUCCCAGAUCUGGAAUUGGAGUAUUUUCUCUCUGUAAUUUGUUAAUGGCAAUCUAAUGGGUAGUUGGAUUUGUGUUCA